GCAGGCUCAGCCCGCCCAGCGCCGCUCGGGGCCCAGUGCGCGCCGCACACGCACGGUCCCACCCACGCCGCCGCCAUGGGCAAGGACCGGCAGCCCCGCGGCCAGCGCAGGCAGGGGGGGCCGCCGGCCGGGGACGCCACCGGGCCCGACGACAUGGGGCCGAAGAAGGGCACGGGGGCCCCCAAGCAGUGCGGGCAGGAGGAGGCCCGGACGUGCUGCGGCUGCCGGUUCCCGCUGCUGCUCGCCCUGCUGCAGCUGGCCCUGGGCAUCGCCGUGACCGUGGUGGGCUUCCUCAUGGCGAGCAUCAGCCCCUCCCUGCUAGUCAGAGACACUCCAUUUUGGGCUGGGAUCCUUGUCUGCUUAGUGGCCUAUCUUGGUUUGUUUAUGCUUUGUGUCUCCUAUCAAGUUGACGAACAGACAUGUAUCCAGUUUGUUAUGAAACUACUGUACUUUUUGCUGAGCGCCCUGGGCUUGAUGGUCUGUGUGCUGGCCGCAGCGUUUGCUGCCCACCACUAUACACGGCUCAACCGGGUUACCUGUGGGGCCACGCUCGACGCCUGCCACUGCAAAGUGCCCGCCUCCGAGCCACUCAGCAGGACCUUUGUGUACCGGGAUGUGACUGACUGUACCAGCAUCACUUUCACUUUCAAAGUGUUCUUACUCACCCAGAUGAUCCUUAACUUGGUGUGUGGCCUUGUGUGCCUAUUGGCCUGCUUCGUGAUGUGGAAGCACAGGUACCAGGUCUUUUAUGUGGGUGACAGGAUGUACUCCCUCACAACUUCCGAAGGCCAGCAGCAAAAGGUCUAACACUCUUGCUCAGAGGUGGGAGAGAGAAACAGCACACUGACUAGCUGAGGUUAUAAGAGAAACAAAAGAAAAAGAAGAGAGAGUAAAAACUCUGACAAUAACUAGUAUUCACGGUUCUAAAUGAAUAUUUUUAUAUUUUUCAGAAAAUGAAAGAGCAUUUCUUCAAGUUUUCUAUAGUAUUUUUUACAAAUUCUUAUGAAAAAAAUGAGAUCCAAAUUGACGUCGGGACAGUAAAAGGACACUGAAUGGGGAAAGGCUAGCAUAGAUUUAUCUUCACAGUCUGGAGUUUAUUCCUUAUAUUCAUUUUAUCCAUUACUUGUAUAAUCUUCUUUCCUGUUAGUCUAGUUUGGAGGUGCGAAUUGCCAUUUCAGGCCCACAUGCUCAAUUUUGUAGAGUCUUUUCCAGGCCUCCUUCCUCCCACCUGGACGUCCUCACUAUGCCUUGGAGAAAGGCAGGGGCCGGGGAAAGAGCUGAUCGGCCAGACAUCUCUAUUUUCCAUGGCAGAGAUGUCUUCGAGGCGUGAAACAAGUUAAAGGAGCAGAAUAGAAAAGAGACUUUUGCAAAAGGCUCAAUAAUUAUGAACACCUGGGCUGGGGCAGCAGCCUUUUCUCCCCAGCUGCCUGUGUUCGGCUCUGUAAGUAGAUCACUUACUAAAUGCUUCAGGUGAUUGUCUGCGUCUCCAUAAUUGAAAGUUGGUAGUAGUUGUAUUCUUAAUGAUGUAGAAGGCUUACAAUAAUCACAUUAUGCUUCUAUUCUAUCAUCUAAAACAAAUCAUUAAAACCAAUUUCAAGCUAAUUGUUCAUUAUAAUUAUGCUCAGAAGUCUAUUUAACAAGCCCUAGCUGAACUUAGGCAGCACAGUCGGUGUUAGGAGACGUGACUCUCACAGAGAAGAGGCUUAAAGAUGGUUUCUCCUGAAAGCCGCGCUUUAUAAGGGAGAAAACAAUUUUAAUUAAUAGCGCAGGUUAAAUAUACUCAUUUAAACAAACACAAGAGCAUUUGUAACAGGAAUGGUUAUACAAAUAGCACUUUUGUGAUAGGUUGUGAAGUGUCUCUCUUGGCAGCUAAGUACUUUUGAGGAAGAUUGGGUAAUGCCCAUGUGUUUCAUUCACGAAACUGUAUUUGAUAUGCAAUCCUAUUAUUGAUUUGUAUGCACAGUGAAACCUAGAGGCUAAACCGUUUGGAAGGCCUUAUUUGAUUGAGCAUUUGCACAUUGACUUGGAGGGUAGUUUUUGUUUUUAAGUAACUGACAUAAAAAAGCACAAAUUCCCUAUGUAGAGAGACUUUUCUCUCUUAAUAUUGCUAUUAUUAAAUUUGGAACAAUGUCACUGUUUUAAGGAAGGAGCUCAGAAUGCAAAUUCAUGCACCAUGAAUGUUACCAAGAACUUUUUCUCUUAUUAUGCUCUGUUGAAAUUCAAGAUAAUAAUUGAGUUCAAGUUGCCUUUCCACAUUGCUUAUAAACUUUACUAAUUAUAAAAUUUUACCCUAAAAGAAAAACAUUUUCCUGUUUGCCUUGGAAUAUAGAUGAAUAUUUCUACUGAUGGUGAGAAUAGUGUUGAUUUCUACACAAUGUAAAUACUCUGAUAAGCCUGGCAGGUGUGGCUCUAUGGUUGAGCAUCGACCUAUGAACCAGGAGGUCACAGUUCGAUUCCCAGUCAGGGUACAUGCCUGGUUACGGGCUAGAUUCCCAGUGGGGAGCGAACAGGAGGCAACCGAUCCAUGAUUCUUUCUCAUCAUUGAUGCUUCUAUCUCUCUCUCUCCCUUCCUCUCUGAAAUUAAUAAAAAUAUAUUUGAAAAAAAAUAACCAAAUAAAAAGAAAAACGUUAAGUCAAUUAGUUGGAGGAUUAUAACAAUCUUUUAUGUCCUCCAGAUAAAACACCUGAUUAACAGAUGUUAAAACCUUUUUAUGUAUUGACUUGCUAUUUGAAAAUGGCCUUCUUAUACACUAGCUUAGGCCAAGAAGGCACAUUGGAGGGAUUAGAGGAUAAGACUCUGGAGCAGAUGUUUGAUCGCACACAAGAAUUACAUGGACAGAACACCAAGCAUCCUGAUGAUGACCUGAAAAAUACUUUGUGUCCUGAUUCUAAAAAUCUCAAUAAUUGAAUACAUUUUGAUUUUGACAGUGUUCUAUAUAAAGAAGAAAAUGACUGAGAAUCUGAAAUGUUGUAGGCCGUUCUUUAAAGAGUGAGAAACUAGUGCUUUAAUGUUAAUUCCUAAGAAUUCAACACCACUGGAAGCGCACACUGAAUACCUUUAACAAUGUUUUAUAGCAAACACUACAGAAUUUUAUAUUCAAAAGUUAGAAUUCUACACAUUACUAAGGUGCUCUAUGCUUUACAAGAGAUUCACAGGGUAUUUCAAAUAGCAAAAUACUUUAGCUGAUGGGCUUGCUUUUUCUAAAUAAUGCAACCAGUAAGAACUGACAUGGCAAUAAGCUUGAUAAUAAUCAGAAUAUUAUAUAUAUAUAUGGAUUUUGCUAUUGUGUAAUUGAAUCAUUCUUAAACGACCAAAGAAAUGAAAGUUGUAAGUUAAAAAAGGAACAAAAGGAAAAGAAAAGAAAGAAGCAAAGAAAAGAUUCCUGUUCUGUGAACUCACUGUGUAUUGAUAUGUGUAAGAACUGUGUUAUGUGAAUAACAAACUGCUUUGGGCUUGAUUUGAA